CCGAAAAGGAAAGUAGACUCGGCACAAGUAGACCAAACGCGCCCCGUCCACGUUAUAGCCUCUCGCCUUGCGCGCGCACGCGACAGCGGGCGGACCGCCGAGCCUGGCCAACUUGGCGUGAUUUGAUCCGGUAGUGCGGUUGCGCAGCCCCGUGUACCAGUUGAGCGGAUCCAUUUGGCGAAGAACGGGAUUCCCGCAUUGGCCCUGUUACCCGCGACCCGAUCUAGCAGAAGAAUGGAAGAACAAUGAAAAGCUAGAACACGUUGUCGACCGCGGGUGAAGUUCGCUCUAAUUAAUCCGUGUUUUUCUUUGUUUAAAAAAAAAAAAGAAAGAAAGAAAGGAAAAAAAGAAGUUGAUUCUUUCGUCGCGACCUUCCUACUUUAGUCUCGCCACAGUUUCAUCUCCGCUCCGCCGCGACAGCGUUUUCUGUGGGAUGCGUCGGACGCCAGAGGCGUAACGCAGGACACGGCACCGGGUUUAUUUUGUCGACACGCAAGUUUUGCGAGAAGUUGAAAGAGCGUUUCUGCGCAGGAAGGAGCCCUGAAAGAUGUCCGCGCCGAGGUUCAAAAAGGAUAAGGAGAUCAUAGCGGAGUACGAAAGUCAAGUCAAAGAGAUCCGGGCCCAGCUCGUGGAGCAGCAGAAAUGUCUGGACCAGCAGACAGAGAUGAGGGUCCAGCUGCUCCAGGACCUCCAGGACUUCUUCAGGAAGAAGUCGGAGAUCGAGAUGGAAUAUUCCAGGAACCUAGAGAAACUGGCUGAGCGCUUCAUGGCGAAGACACGCAGCACCAAGGACCACCAGCAGUACAAGAAGGACCAGAACCUGCUUUCCCCGGUCAACUGCUGGUACCUGCUGCUGAACCAAGUGAGAAGGGAGAGCAAGGAUCACGCCACCCUCAGCGACAUCUACCUCAACAACGUCAUCAUGAGGUUCAUGCAGAUCAGUGAGGAUUCCACGCGGCUUCUCAAGAAGAGCAAAGAAAUAACUUUUCAACUCCAGGAGGACUUAAUGAAGGUGCUAAAUGAGCUUUACACGGUGAUGAAGACCUACCACAUGUACCACUCGGAAAGCAUCAGUGCUGAGAGCAAGCUGAAGGAAGCCGAGAAGCAAGAGGAGAAGCAGAUCGGCAGGGGAGAUCCUGUUUUCAGUAUUCGCAUGGAGGACCGACACCAGAGACGCAGCUCGGUUAAGAAGAUCGAGAAGAUGAAAGAGAAGCGCCAGGCCAAGUACUCCGAGAACAAGCUGAAGUCGAUCAAAGCCCGGAACGAGUACCUACUGACGCUCGAAGCGACAAACUCCUCCGUUUUCAAAUACUACAUCCACGACUUGUCGGACCUAAUUGAUUGCUGCGAUUUAGGGUACCACGCCAGUCUCAACCGGGCCUUGCGGACCUACCUGUCGGCCGAGUACAACCUCGAGACGUCGCGCCAUGAGGGCCUAGACAUAAUCGAAAACGCUGUGGACAGCUUGGACCCUCGAAGCGAUCGCCAGAGAUUUAUGGAGAUGUAUCCCACCGCCUUCUGCCCUCCAGCCAAAUUCGAAUUCCAGCCGCACAUGGGAGAUGAGGUUUGUCAGAUCUCAGUGCAGCCACCUGUGAACGGGGAGCUCAUUUUGAGGUUCCAGCAGUUGCAGUCUCGCCUGGCUACUCUAAAAAUUGAGAACGAAGAGAUCAAGAAGACAUCAGAGGCCACUCUAACCACCAUCCAGGACAUGGUCACCAUCGAGGACUUUGACGUGUCCGAAUGUUUCCACCAUAGCCGCUCCACAGAGUCAGUCAAGUCCACUGUGUCGGAAACUUACAUCAACAAGCCUAGCAUCGCCAAAAGGAGGGCCAACCAGCAGGAGACGGAGCAGUUCUACUUCAUGAAAUUCCGGGAGUUUCUGGAGGGCAGUAAUCUCAUCUCAAAGCUGCAGGCCAAACACGACUUGCUGAAGAGGAGCCUUGGUGAAGGUCACAGAGCCGACUACAUGACCACGAGCCGGGGACGACGGAACUCACAUGCCCGACAUCAGGACUCUGGACAAGCUAUCCCCCGCGUGGUUGAAAGUUGCAUCCGUUUCAUAAAUCUGUAUGGCCUCCAACAUCAGGGGAUAUUCCGUGUGUCUGGAUCGCAGCUGGAAGUCAAUGACAUCAAGAACUCAUUUGAAAGAGGAAACGACCCUCUUGCUGAUGAUGAGAACAACCAUGACAUCAACUCUGUGGCUGGCGUUCUCAAACUUUAUUUCCGGGGUUUGGAGAACCCCCUUUUUCCGAAGGAGAGGUUCAAUGACCUGCUCUCCUGCAUCAGAAUAGAAAACUUGUACGAGAGAGCACUAUAUAUCCGCAAGAUCCUCCUGACUAUACCCAGAUCAGUGCUUAUUGUCAUGCGCUACCUCUUUGCCUUCCUCAACCAUCUGUCCCAGUACAGUGAUGAAAACAUGAUGGACCCAUACAAUCUGGCCAUCUGCUUCGGUCCCACACUCAUGCCCACACCAGACAGCCAGGAUCAGGUCUCUUGCCAGGCCCAUGUCAAUGAGAUCAUCAAGACCAUCAUCAUUCACCACGAAACCAUCUUCCCCGAUGUCAAAGAGCUGGACGGGCCUGUCUAUGAGAAGUGUAUGGCAGGAGGAGACUAUUGUGAGAGCCCCUACAGUGAGCAUGGAGCCCUGGAGGAAGUGGACAAUGAGGGAGGGACAGAGACACACACCAGCGAGGACGAGGGGGAGCCCAUCGAAGCCAUCGCCAAAUUUGACUAUGUUGGGCGCUCUGCCCGUGAGUUGUCCUUCAAGAAGGGCGCCUCUCUGCUGCUGUACCAGCGAGCUUCAGAUGACUGGUGGGAGGGACGACACAAUGGUAUUGAUGGUCUGGUGCCACACCAGUAUAUCGUGGUGCAAGACAUAGAUGACAACUUCUCUGACACUCUGAGCCAGAAAGCUGACAGUGAGACCAGCAGCGGCCAUGCCGGAGACGAUAAAUGCUCAGGCAAAGACAUCGGCUCACCCACUGACACCAGGAUCUCCGAAGCCUACAUCACCAGCAGGCACAGGAAGAGGUCAGAUCCUCCGUCUCGCCGGCCUCCUGCCCGCCCCAGUGACAUCCACUGUAUGGUGCAUCCCUCUCAGCAAGGACACGGUGGCCAUGGAGGCCAUGGGAGCACCCCAGAGAUGGGCUCCCCGGUCCUGGGCCAUUUCAGCCCGAGAGACAUGCUGCGGAGCUGCACCCAUAUGGCCAUGGAGAGCCCCGAGCGCCGACGUCGCACUGGCCACGGCAGUCUGACUAACAUCAGCCGCCACGAGUCCCUGAAAAAGAUGGAGAGCCCCCCGAUCAGACGCUCCACCUCCUCGGGCCAGUACACAGGCUUUUCUGAAGCUCACCACCACGGUAGCAAGCCCCUGGACCCGGAGACCAUCGCACAGGACAUAGAAGAGACAAUGAACACAGCUCUGAAUGAGCUACGCGAGCUAGAGAGGCAGAGCUCGGCCAAACAUGCCCCAGAUGUGGUGCUGGACACGCUGGAGCAGCGUCAGACCUCAGGCAGCGGUGGGGGCCCCACCCCAGCCAGUUCAAGUGAGUCCCUCAGCCCUAUCCACAGCAUCAUGCUGAGGUCUACUGCCAACACUGAACCGCCCAUCCGACGCAGCACCAGCUCUUCCAGUGACACCAUGAGCACCUUCAAGCCUUUGGUGGCACCCCGCAUGGGAGUGCAGCUUAAACCUCCGGCCCUGAGGCCCAAGCCCAUGGUGCUGCCCAAAUCUAACCAGGCUCCACAACCGCCUGCCCCAUCUGCUCAGGACCCUCUGGACAAGUCCUGCACCAUGUAAGCUCUGGGUGGCCAUGGCCAUCAUCACAAACACAGUUUAAACUGUUUAUAAUGAACUUUAGUGGAAUUACGAGUAGAGAAACUUCAGGAUACAGUAGCGACAUGCUAGCAAUGUCUAUUAAAGCUGUAGUAGUAAUAAUAACACUAUAGAGAGUGUAACAUACAUCACCUGGGCAGAGAAAGAAAAAAGACUCAUUAGCUAACGCUAGUUGCCGCAAGAAGGAUGCGUGUGUCCUUGUAGUAGAAAAUUAAAACUGCUUUAAAGUGGCAUUUUAACAGGGUUUGAGAGACCGGUUUAGGAGGUGCAAGACCGACAUACAGAGAGACAUACUGGACUGAUUAUUUCAGCUGGACAAAGCAUUUGUUUAAACAAAAUAUAUGGAUGAAAAAUGAAUCUAACAUUAUCCCUAGCAUUAACAGUAUUUAGUCUUUUUUUCAGUAUGAAUUGACUCAACAAAUCACAAAGGCUUCCCACAAUUUUUUUUCUUUCCCCUUCAAAUUUUUGGUACGGUAGUUUACAAGCCAUCAGAGAACUACAGACCUUUGAAAGAACCAUGGUGUAAGUAGCUUCUGUAUUUACCAGAGAACCUGAAGAGCAGUGCAACUGGAAAUGUAGUUUUUGUCAGUGGAACCAAAGUUGUGUUCACACCCAUAGAUUGGAAUUCAAAUGGUGUUUUACACUUUCACGUACUGUAAAUAUAUUAUAUACGCCAUUGCGGAUUUAAUGUACAGAUUCAAAAGCCUUACAGAUUUUCUGAUGGAACUGAUUCAAAAAUAUUUAACUUGCCAUUAUAAAGGUGCUGUGGCUUCCGGAACAGAAAUCGUUUUGAGGUUGAAGUGAGACCGGGUCUGAAGAUCUCAUACCAAAUAGCAACUAGGGGUGCUCUAUUGAUAAUGACAUGUAUUGAUGCUGGUAAGAGUCUUCACCGGUUUAACAAAAAUGCUGAUAAACUGUAUACUCAGCACCUUUCUCUGGCCAAUACUAGGCUGCAGCUCAGAGAUCACAUCUGCGCUGGUUACAUACAGCUUUAUUUGAACAUAAAUAGCUUUUUCAGCAAUGCCUGGAAUGAGACUGUUGGGCUAAACCACUAUAUGAAAUUUCUCCGUUGUGGACCUUCUGUGAAAAUUUGAGUCAUUCUUGAAUUCCUGCAUAGAUAAUAAUCUAGGCUUUUGCAUCUUUAGACCUUAUCGGAGAGCAGUGUGAAAGUGAUUUGUACAAACUAUUAUGAAGAAAAAUAAAUCAUCUCAUCACUGUACACAAGACAUACGACGAUAGGGUAUGGAGUUCAUGCCAUCUUUUCUUUUCUGCCUUGCUUGGCUUUAUUUACCCAAAGAUAUGACUGUGUACAAAAUAGCGCAUGGAUGUUGACUGUAUUGUCUCCCCUCUCUUUUAAAUAAUGCAGCCGUUCUUCAUAUCAGCUGAUGUGUAUAGACUCAAGGCAGCGCUAUGUGGAGUGCUGCCGGUAGCCAUAGACCUAGUGACUGUUAUUGUAUAAGGCCUCAUUAUAUGGUCAUUCAACUUUGUAUGCUUUUCUUUGUCAGUAUAUACAUCUGUCAGGGCCUGACUGCCCUGUCAGUAGUAGUAGUGGUAGUAGUAGUAGUACUUUCAGUAGUUUUCCUGUGCCCCUCUCAUCCAUGUUUUAUGUUAGGGGAGAUCAUGUAGGUUUUGUGAGUAUGUACUCCUCCAUUGGACUGUGACCGGCGCUGAGGCUUUCCCUGUGGAGUUAUUUUGUAUUUGUGGAUGAUGAAAAUCUCCCUCAUUAACUUCUAAUGAGUGGCAAGCUGGACACGUGUGACAGAACAAACACAGCAUGUGGAAGGGAAGCAGCACUCGCGUUCAGCGAUGAAGGCCCACAUCGGUCAGCUCACGUGGCUUAGAGCCAGCUGACUGUCAACUGAAAUAUCCCCGUAGCUAACCCAUAAAAUGGCACAUGUUGGAUGUGCCUGCGUUUUCGCAUGUGUGACGGUGCCACCUGAAGGACCUCCUGCACUGUAGAAAUAGCAGAACUUGGGUGCAUGUCCUGGGAGUGUUUUGACUCGUGGCAUAACAACACCUCCAAGAGAAUUUCUUUCACAUUUGCAAAGGAAAAAAAAGCAAUUCUCUCCUAACAGCAGGUUUACAGUGUCUUUUGACUUGACAAUGUUUCAUUGUUUGUACAAUUAUCAAAACAAAAACAAAAAAAGGAUAUGAUUUGAAUUCUGAUUUACUAACCAUUCUAUUAUUUUUAUAACCUUUUUUUAUUCUUGUUUAAUUAUUUUUGUUCUUGUUGGAAUUUACUGAAAAUUUAGAUAAGUGUAGAUAAUAAAUAUUCAGAGAUAAAGGUGUUUCACCUAUGAAGCCAGUUGUAAAAUUGUGUGCUGUUGUCACUAUGUAAGAUCAUUAACAGUAGCAGUCAGUCAUGCCCUGUCUGCAGGCUGUUAGCUACUCUGUGGUGUCUAUGUACAUCUGUAGUAUGUACUUGUGAAAGUGCCUUUGAAAAAUGCUUUAGAGGACCUUCAGACAUAUUGUGUACUGUUGCAUUCUCAUUUCAGACCCUGUGUUUUGAGCAAGCGCAGUGCAGGAGGAUGAAUGAAUAACAAUGCCAUUUUUGAAAGUUAUAUAUAUAUAAUAUGAAUGAACUAAUCAAUAAUAAAUGAACAGCUUACCCAUUGUGACAUUGCACUUUUAUGUAAAGAACUGUAUAUACGGCAUGUACGAUCAAAACUGCUACAGAGUUCUUUCAGGACUUGUUCCUCAAAGGAUUUCUUUCUAAUAAAGGAAAUAGUUUGCCGAGUCAGAAGUGGUCUUUUCCAGUGGUGAUC